UCCGUCUCUUCCACCCUCCCUCCCCCUUGUGCGGUGCACACAUUAAACACAGCACUGCUCAACCCUAUCCACCACGCCCACGAGUUACCAGUGCCCACGUUGGCCCAGACUCAUGUCUGCGAGGCAUUGAGCGCCUUGCCUUGCCUUGCUCCUUGCCUGCCUUAACCCGUCCCGUCCAUCGAUCAACGUCAUUCGUGUCGUGCGUAUACCCCGCAUUCACCCACAAUGGUCCGCCUUUUCCCUCAACGCUUCAUCAGCUCGAGGAGCACAACUCCUCUCCAGCAAAGCCGAAGUACCAGCCCAAUGCGAUCCCCCACCGACUCCUCUCUUGCACUCAGGGUGAAUGUGGUAAAGGGUAGAAACUUGGCUGCAAAGGAUAGAGGUGGCACGAGCGACCCGUAUUUGAUCGUCUCCCUCGGGACUUCGCGCGAGUCGACCCCAACGAUAAGCAAGACCCUCAACCCCGAUUGGAAUGUAACCUUUGACCUCCCAAUUGUCGGCGUCCCGCUGCUAGAAUGUGUCUGCUGGGAUCGUGAUCGGUUUGGGAGGGAUUAUAUGGGAGAGUUCGAUAUUCCUCUGGAAGAGAUUUUCUCAGAAGGUGAUAUUCAGCCGCAGCCAAAAUGGUAUAACCUGGAAUCAAGGCGAAAACGGGGUAAGAAGAAGGAAAGCGUUGUAUCAGGCGAAAUUCUCCUGCAGUUUACCCUGAUCGAUGUUGCAACCCCCACAGCACCUCCUUCGGACACAUACCGCAGAUUCAAAUCCAUUGUAUGCGCCGCCGAUGCUGAUGAGGACGAUGACACUACUCUUGCGCCGAUUUCGUGGAACCAGGAAGACAACGAUAAAGAUGAGGAAACGUCGGAUGAAACCGAUGACCCUACGAAACCAGAGGUGGUUGAAAAGCGAAAACGUCGUCUUCGCAUCGCCCGGUUGAAACGGAAAUCUAUUGCUGCUAGAGCUUAUCAAUUUUCUGGAGCCCCAAACGGGACGGACGGAAUUGUUUUCAUUGAAAUAAGCAGAAUAACAAACCUGCCGCCAGAGAAAAACAUGACACGGACAUCAUUUGAUAUGGACCCUUUCGUGGUAAUAUCUCUGGGAAGAAAGACUCUUCGAACUAGGGUUAUCCGUCAUAACCUUAACCCGGUAUUUGAUGAGAAAAUGGUCUUUCAGGUCAUGAAGCAAGAGAAAAGUUAUACUAUUAGCUUUACGGUCGUCGACCGUGAUAAGUUGUCUGGAAACGAUCUUGUUGCUACGGCCGACCUGCCAUUACUUACACUCAUUGCUGCAGCUCCUGAAGCCGACCCCGAGACAGGUCUAUACAAGCUACAGGAGCCUCCGGUGGCUGGUCGAACCAUGCACUCUCAGAAGUCGCGUUUCAGAAUACCCAUAUCCCGCUCGACAUCGUCCACCAAUCUAAGCAGGUCGUCGAAGCCAAAUUUGAUAUCUAAAUCUUCAAACACGUCACUUUCCAGCCUGGCUCAGUCUGACCUUUCCCCUCCAACUCCUCCUAGCAGUGUUCCCAAUGAUGGCAAUACUUCACUGCUGACUGUUUCCGGUGCAACUACGCCUAAGACUGAAGAGGCUCCUACCUCAGUUCAAGUUUCUGCUGAAGAUGAGGAUCUCAGAGUCUACACAAUUCCUCUAUCACUAAAAAAUAAGGAGCGUUGGGAAGACAAGUAUUCACCCGAGCUUUUCAUCAAAGCCAAAUACAUGCCAUACAGAGCACUCCGGCAGCAGUUCUGGAGAGUCAUGUUGAAGCAGUACGACGCUGAUGACAGUGGUCGAAUCAGCAAGAUAGAACUGACCACCAUGCUUGAUACGCUUGGGUCUACACUUAAGGAGUCAACAAUUGAUGAAUUCUUCUCGAGAUUUACCCCGGCAAAUCAAUCGAGUGACACGGUUGAUUUGACAUUUGACCAAGCUGUUAUCUGCCUGGAGGAUGCCCUUCAAAAGGUGCAGAGGCACAAUUUCGCAGCAAGUGGCAUAUCCACAACCGAGAACCGCAGCCCAGAUGAUUCGAGUGGUGUAGAUAUACCUUCUGACACGACAGACCUUUCAGAAGUACAAUCAGACCCUCGACAGCCGGAUAUUACGAAUUUACUAGAAAUGGACCAACCGUCUCCGGGCUUCGGGGAGCUUGCUCCUGACGAUCUUAUUGAUGAACGCGGUGAAGAACAUAUCAUUGAGAUCGCGGAAUGCCCUCUUUGUCACCAGCCGCGGCUUGGUAAACGAUCCGACGCAGACAUCAUCGCCCACCUUGCAACCUGCGUCAGCCAGGACUGGCGGCAGGUUGACAACCUUGUGAUGGGCGGUUUCGUGACGUCUAGCCAAGCACAACGAAAAUGGUAUAGUAAAGUCGUCACCAAGAUUGGAUACGGAGGCUAUCGGCUUGGUGCAAACUCAGCGAAUAUUCUCGUCCAGGAUCGUAUUACUGGCCAUAUCAACGAAGAAAAAAUGAGUGUCUAUGUUCGCCUUGGAAUCCGGUUGCUCUAUAAAGGACUGAAGAGUCGCGAAAUGGAAAAGAAGAGAAUUCGAAAGAUGCUUAAAUCGCUUAGUAUCAAACAAGGUAAGAAAUACGACGACCCCGUAUCUACCAGCCAAAUCGAGAGCUUCAUCAAUUUCCACCAACUCGACAUGUCCGAGGUUUUGGAGCCCGUUGAAAACUUUAAAAAUUUCAAUGAGUUUUUCUACCGCAAAUUGAAACCCGGCGCACGUCCUUGUUCAGCUCCGAAUGACCCGAGGAUCAUUGUCUCCCCGGCCGAUUGUCGUAGUGUGGUUUUCGAUCGCAUCGAAGAUGCCACGAAGAUUUGGAUCAAGGGGAGAGAGUUCUCGGUUGAACGAUUACUUGGAAAAGCGUAUCCAGAAGAUGUUGCUCGAUACAAAAAUGGCGCUCUUGGAAUUUUUAGACUUGCUCCUCAAGACUAUCAUCGAUUCCACAUACCUGUCGACGGAGUAAUGGGUACUCCAAAGACCAUUGAAGGCGAAUACUACACCGUGAACCCUAUGGCUAUUCGCUCGGCACUUGAUGUCUAUGGGGAGAAUGUCCGAGUAUUGGUUCCCAUCGAUUCUGCUACCCACGGUCGGGUGAUGGCCGUGUGCGUUGGCGCUAUGAUGGUUGGUAGCACGGUGAUUACUCGCCGGCCUGGAGAAAAGGUCUCACGUGCUGAAGAAUUGGGUUAUUUCAAAUUUGGAGGAAGUACCAUUGUUCUGCUGUUUGAGUCCGGAAUCAUGAACUUUGACUCAGAUUUGGUUGACAACUCCAAGGGGGCGCUGGAAACUCUGAUCCGAGUUGGCAUGUCCAUUGGCCACAGCUCAGAUGCUCCUCAAUUCGAGGCCGACGUGCAUCAAAAGGAGCAAGAGACCUCGACGGAAGCAAGGGAGGCAGCGAAGCGCAGGAUAGCAGGGUAGAUGUCACCCAACCUGCUCUUCCGAGUUUGCCUCCUGAUGGGUAUAGACUUAAUACUUAGAAUAUAGCGUCGUGGUAUAUGGCAAAUAUGCCAGAGCUGUUCGUCGAAUCAUUGCAUUUCAUGUUCAUAAUAUUGCAAGACCGAGGCUUUCAAGCUGUAGUCUUGCGAGACACAAUAUCCAUACUCAUGUAAAUAGAUAUGCGUUACGAGGACACGUUUUCAAGAGCACAUCACCUUGCCGUAUACUGAAGCAGAAAGCAUCCAUUGUAAAAUAGGGAAUAUUCAUACCUUCAUAGCAUGGGCCAGUCUUAUCUUGACAAGUCUUGGCGCUUUCCCCUCGUGCCCAAUUAGAC